AUUGGCCCAGUGGGCAGCCAGCCCAAUAACUAAACCGACGCGAAUAUCUCGCAUCAUUGAAACACACCAACAAAUGGAAUUUCACCGUCACAUAUAUAUACGCUUUUUCACCGCCGGCGAAGUUUCGCCGGUCGCCGGUAUUCAUUGCCGUAAAUUUCUUUUCAAAGAAACCCUAAUUUAUUUCUUGUCGUGUUUUUGAAAAUCCCAAUUUCAAUUUCGAAAUUGAAAAAAGAUGUCGAAUUUGAAUUUGGAUGAGGAAGAGGAGAAUCUUGCUCAAUUUCUCGAAUCUGAGAUUCUCUCCGAAGUUUCUGAUCAGGAUGAAGACACAAAGGACAUGGAGAGACCAAUAAAGAGGACGCGUACAGAGGACAUUAUCGGAGAGACCGAGAAUGCUGCUUGCGAUAUCGAUGGAGAUAGUGGGUCGAAGGCUGAGAGUUCAAGUUGUAGCACUGGUACCGGUAUAAUUGGCGGGUUGAGGAUUGAAACUGGGAUAUUAAGCAAGAUACCUCCUGAGUUAUUUCAGCAUGUUCUCAAGUUCCUGUCUUCUGAAGAUCUUAUUUCAUGUUCGCGAGUGUGCAAGUUUUUGAAUCAUGCAGCAUCGGAAGAAUCCUUGUGGCGUCGCUUGUAUUGCUUGCGUUGGGGGUUGUUGCCACCAACAAGAAAUUUACGGGACUGUGCUUGGAAGAAGCUGUAUAUACAGCGUGAUGAGGAGGAUAUGGUUCAAUCUGUGACAAAUUGCCAACCUGAGUUUAAAGAAUAUUAUCUUCAAAUGUACGCAGCUAAGAGAAGUCAAGCUCCACUUCUUUCUCAGGUAAAUGACGAUCUCAUUAUUCUUGACAAAACGGUUGCUGAUCAAGUAUCUAUGUGGAAGAACAGUAGAGGCCUCAGUGAUAAGGUGGUCACAGACCAUACUUGCUCUGGGGAGGUUUGUUCUUUCUUUCAAAUUGGGAAUGUUUUCGUUUGUGAAAAGACUGGAAAUGUUCAUGUAUGUGAUGAUACAUGCAAGGAAGCUAUUGCUGAUCCUGCAAAUGAGCUUUUGGUUUGUACUAUAUCUGGACGCUGCUUUGACAGACUUCUUUCACCAUCUGAAGUUGUAGGAGAUGGGGACCAGGAGCAACAGCAAGAUGUUGUAACUGAUGAAGCUGAACCAUUCAUGGGAGCUGGUCGUUUUGCACGAGCUUAUUUGUUGGGAUAUAACUGUGAUGACGAGAAGGAACUUGAAGCUGCCUUGAGGUUUUGCUGAUUUAAGCCAUGCCCUUAUCUUAGCUUUCAUAUUAUCAUCUUCUAUGUAUUAUGUAAAGACCUGAGAGAUUAUGCUUUCUACCUUGAUGCUGGAAAACGCUUCGAAGUGGUUGUUCAGAAGCCCUGUUCUUGAGAUGACGUUAGGUUAUACUUGUAUCAUUAAAACUGCAUGCUACAAGGUGCUAUCACUCUAUAUAUGUAUGUGUUGUAGGAUCCCCUCUUUAGAUUUAAGAUGUAUUUUCUUAAAAUUUCAAAGCUUGUAAUAAUAAUACCUUGAUGUAGAUAAAUAUUAUCAGUACCUUUAAUUGCGUUAGUCCCAUAGCUUGCUGCUGGCUUCAACAGCUGCAACAGCAGUGAGUUUCUUUUCUUUCUUUUCCA